CACAAUACUAGAGGUGCAGCUUGUUAAACUAGGGUUAUUUUCCAGGGACUGAAAACAGAAACUUCAGGACUUAAUAGUUCUGUCAUUAUUCAAAUCCCUUCAAUCCUUUCUUAUAUCGUCUAUGGUCGCUCCUUCAGCUGUUCUGAAGAUAAAAGCAGCAAUGUUCAAAUGGUGGAUCCCGGUGCUCCUUCAUCCCUGUGUACUUUGGGCAGAACCUGAAUGUGAGCACUUCACAGCCUUGGACUUUCAUGAUUCCUUUAUUGGGACAAAACUGAACGUUAAGCUAUUGCUCUACACAAAUGAAACCAUAAACUGUGGAAAUAAACUGGAUCACACAAAUUUCACAGGUUCUAAUUUGCUGAAUGUGAAAAGAAAAACCACCUUUGUAAUCCAUGGGUACAGGCCAACAGGAGCCCCUCCAGUGUGGAUAAACACAAUAGUACAGCUUUUGUUAUCUGCUGAAGAUAUGAACGUGAUUAUAGUUGACUGGAACAGAGGAGCUGCUACCAUCAUAUAUCCAAAAGCAGCUGAAAACACAAAGAGAGUGGCACAAAUCCUAACCACGUUUAUUAAACAGAUGAUGGAAAUGGGCAGUUCACUCAGCUCUUUCCAUUUGAUAGGAAUCAGUCUUGGAGCUCACAUAUCUGGGUUUGUUGGGAACAUGCUGGGUGGCAAAAUUGGAAGGAUUACCGGCCUUGACCCUGCAGGCCCAAUGUUUACUGGCAAACCCCCGACAGAGAGGCUUGACCCCACUGAUGCAGAGUUUGUGGAUGUCUUACAUACCGAUAUUGACGCUUUAGGUUUCAGAGAACCGCUAGGACACAUAGAUUUCUAUGCCAACGGAGGAACAGACCAACCUGGCUGCCCCAGAACCAUAUUUUCUGGAAAACAAUAUUUUGUGUGUGACCAUCAGAGAUCUGUAUUCCUAUUCCUCUGCUCUUUAAAUAAGACCUGUGAAAUAACGGCUUACCCCUGCUCAUCAUACCAACAAUUUCUGGAUGGUAAAUGCACUCAAUGUGAAGAUUUUCAUCCAGCACCUUGUCCUGUGUUAGGUUUUUACGUAUACAGAUGGAAAGAUGCUCUUCUUAAACUUGAACAAACAAAAGCAUAUUUUUCUACAACAACAGAUCCUCCAUUUUGUAUGUACAAUUACCUUCUGGAUAUCAUUACAUGGAACAAAAGCACACGCUGGGGAUUCAUUACAAUAAAAUUCAUGAGUGGAAAAAAUGUGACAGAAGCAAAAUUAAAUCACAAAGCGUCGAAAUUUGAAGAAUACACAGAAACACAGUUGCUAGCACAGUUUGAUAAGGAUGUGGAGAAUGUCCAAAAGAUCUCAGUCAAAUUCUCCACAGGAAAUGUAAUUGGCCCCAAAUAUAAACUGAGAGUUAUACGCAUGAGACUGAGGUCGUUGGAUAACAAAAACAGACCACACUUGUGUAGAUAUGAUCUGAUUAUGGAGGAAAAUACUGAAGUGACAUUCCGUCCAAUCGUUUGCCAGGACAUUGAAAUGUAAUAUGAAAGCUAUAGUGAUGUUAAAAAAAAAAAAAUGGAUUAUGGAUUUUAUAAAAUAGCUUAUUUGUAAUUCUUUUGUAAUAAGAACAUGCAAUAGUAUUGGUAUUAUUUUUGUAAAGGAUAAUUUAAACAAUAUGUACAAUAUUUCUUUUGUUUCCUUUUUCCCCCUGUAAAUAAACAUUUCUAG